CCCCUACACAGCUCUUUACCACCGAAACCUCCUGCCGGACCGACCUACACCGGAGGAUACGACUCUCCCUUACGUCCAGCUUCCCCGCUCAAUAUCAGAGGUUCUGGAGAACCGAUGCAACUUCCUCCUCCACCUCCGCCUCCUGCUCAGAAAUAUUUGUCUCACAACCUUAACAAUAACCACAACGAAGCCUCGUCCUCAUCUUCUGGACAAAAGCGAAAUAAGCAAGCCGAUAGGCCAGAGAAGGGUAAGGAAAGGAAAGACAACAAGCGAAAGGCAGACGUAUUGAGCGAGGAUGACGGCGAGUAUGAUGAAUACGGAUAUAAUUCGAAGAAUCAGGGUGGAGAAUAUCUGCCAUGGGUGACCGAUGUCGAGUGGUUCAACGAAGAUAUGGGAGGACCGGCGAGCGUCUGGAAGCUGUUCAAUCAGGAGAGCAGAGCUGCAGCUCGUUGGCUAGCGCCGACGAAGCAUGAGCACCACACGAGGGAGAUGCUAGUCGAUUUGAUUUUGGAUACCAUCAAGAGAGAGUUUAGGAACGAUGCUCCUCAAAUGCAGAUCGAACCGUUUGGGAGUCAUGUCAACGAGUUGUAUUUGCCAGGAGGGGACAUCGAUAUCGUGAUUGUCAAGGAGACCGUACCUGGCAGGCUGGUCAGAGGUAUCACAGCCAUGUUUAAACGGAUCAUCUCAGCUCUACGAGUCAACCGAAUCAUCCCUGGCGGACCGUGGAACGAAGCCGGCAUACAGAUGAUCACCCAGGCCAAAUGCCCCAUCAUCAAGCUGAAGACGCUUCAAGGAAACAUCUCGGUCGAUAUCUCCGUCUAUGACGAUGGCGGAAUCAGAGCGUCACGGAUUGUCGGAGGUUAUUUGAAGCAAUAUCCUGUCGCUCGUGACCUGGUGCUUUUAGUCAAGGCUUACAUGAGGAAAUACAAGCUCAACGAGGUGUUCUUGGGAGGUCUGGGGAGUUAUUCGACCUUUUGUUUGGUCAUCAGCUUCCUUCAAAAUCAUGAGGCGAUUCAAGCCAAGGAGAUCGAUCCGUUGCGAAACCUCGGUGUUUUAUUCCAGGAGUUUUUCGAGCGCUACAGUACUUUCGAAUGGGACAGGUACGGUAUCUCCUUGAGGGACGGAGGAAGGCUGUUCCGUAAGGAUGCGAAGGGAUGGAUCUACGGUUAUCAGGAUCCCAGAAACAUCGCAAUCGAAGACCCGCAAGAUUCGUGUAAGCCAUUCUUGCUCCUGUUGCCCGAGUUCAGCUGGGCUGACAAGCCGAUCAUACGAUAGCCAAUAACAUCUCCAAGGGUUCUACCGACAUCGGGAGAAUCUUUGCGUGCUGGUCCCGAGCUGUCACUAUCUUAGAUCACAAUAUCGA